AUGUACGGCGAGUACGCUGCUCUAGGACACAUAUUUAGUGACGGCCGCGUGCCUCUGUGGAAGUGGGUGGAGCCGGCGGUUCCGUACGGCCCACUACGGGGUAUGUGGGAGACGGAGCUUGCCCAGGCGUUGGAGGAUGGCCAGUGGCGCGGCGGCACGGACCUGAUGCUGUUAGUGGCCGGCGUGUCGGAGGCGACGCGCCAGUCGCUCGUUGCGCGCCGGUCGAGCUCGCUCAGGGUGUUGACGUGCUAG